AUGGGGUCUCCGCUUCACUUGUCGCUGCUGCUUUUGUUGGCGGCUGCCCACCCAGGAGGUGGGAUCCCUCUGGGACGCCCAGCAGAGCAGGUGCCAGGCCCGCGGGGCAGUCCUCCCCCUCCCUCGGGGACCCCAGCGCCUUUCUGGGUUCACCUAAGUCCACAGUUCGUGGCUGUGCGUCCGGGGGACUCCGUGUGGCUCAACUGCAGUAGCAGCUGUCCCCUGCCGCAGGAAUGCAGCCUCCGCACCCGCCUGCAACGGGGCAAGACGCUCAGUGGGCCGGGCUGGGUCUCCUACCAGCUGCUCGACGUGAGGGCCUGGAGCUCCGACGUGCUCUGCUUUGUCACCUGCGCAGGAACGUCGCACGGGGCCACCGCCAGGAUCACCACCUACAAGUCGCCACGCAGCGUGAUCCUGGAGCCUCCAGUCUCAGUGGGUGGCGAGUACACGCUGCGCUGUCACGUGACGCACGUGUUCCCCGUGGGCCUCAUGGUGGUGACCCUGAGGCGAGGCGGUCGCGUCAUCUAUUCCGAAAGCCUGGAGCGCUUCACCAGUCUUGAGCUGGCCAAUGUGACCCUGACCUACGCGUUUCGUCCCGGGCCCCGGGAUUUCUGGCAGCCCGUGAUCUGCCACGCGCGCCUCAAUCUCGAUGGCCUGGUGGUCCGCAGCAGCUCGGCACCCGUGACGCUCGCUUGGAACCCUGCGUCCAAAGUCUGGGCCUCCUCCUCCAUCGCAGUCCUCGUGGGGAUCCUUCUGGCCGUGGGGGCUGCCUACCUGGGCAAGUGCUUAACAGUGCAGUCCCAAGCGUAG